AUGGCAAUUGCACCAAUUACAGGAAUACUUCGUAAAAAACUUUAUACUGAUAUUGUGGUUUCUUUUGCUUUGGGUACUGCUGGAGCCUAUGCUUAUUGGUACGGUAUUCAUACAAUCUUGUCACAUAAAACAAAUUUGAUCAUAUAA